AUGAGGACUCUUUAUGGAGGUUUUGAUAAGGUAGGUGCCACUAAAGUUGACUUCAAAAACUUCAAGAGAGACUUAAAUAGGUAUAUAGCUGAGUACGAUGCUGACAUGGUUAUCAAACGCCUAAGAAGGAAGAAAGAAUUUAUGACCAAUUUCUCUAUGGAAUACCUAACAACUGCCGAUGGCGUUUUACGUGCGUUGUUCUGGGCCGAUGGUGAUACAAAGAGAAAUUUUCAUAUGUUUGGGGAUGUUGUGUCCUUCGAUGCUACUUAUCUUCAUAACAAGUACAAUAUGAUGUUUGUACCUUUUACCGGCGUUGACAAUCACUAUCGUAAUGUUACCUUGGGUGCUGCUAUAAUAGGUAAUGAAACUGCCGAAACAUAUAGUUGUUUGCUUAACGCAUUUCGGCAGGCAUUUGGGCGCGCACCACCUGUGAUUGUAACUGAUCAAGACCCAGCGAUAAGGAAAGCUAUUCAAGAUACUUGGCCUGAAAGUAGGCACUGGCUUUGCAUGUGGCAUAUAAUGGACAAACUUACUACCAAGGUUGGCGCCAACCUAUGCAAUAGCACCGAUUUUAAGAAGAGGUUGUGUGAUAUUGUUUGGACUGAUGCAUUACUACCAGAACAGUUUGAAACUGAAUGGGGUAUUAUAUUGGCUGAUUUUGAUUUGGUGAAUCAUGAAUGGUUACAGUCAAUUUAUCAGAUUAGGGAUACAUGGAUCCCUGCGUACUAUCGUGAUGAACACAUGUCAGGGCUGAUGCGUACUUCAUCACGUUCGGAGAGUGAGAACCAUUUCUUUGGGCAGUUUUGCAACCCGAACUGUACGCUUGUUGAAUUCUUGGGGCAUUUGACUCUGCAAUUGAAGCCCAAACACACGAGCACAGGAAGAAUGAUCACGAUACUAGGCACACGAACCCAUAUUUGCAAAAGAACAGCCAUUCACAAGUGUGGUAUUGGAAAAUGGGAUGAUAGAGAGGAUAACUUUGUGAACUUCUCUGUGAAAGACUUUUCUCAAAUGUGUACUACAUUUUUUCAGGUUAUGAUGCGGCAACUAGACAUGACCAUGAGUGGUUCAUGCAAUAGGUAUAAACAGUUUGGGCUUUUGUGUGCGCACAUUUUUUGCGUUUUGCGGUUUCUUGAUAUCAGGCAGUUCCCUGAAAGGGACCAUGUUGUCCAGUAUCAAUCGACGGCUGAUCAGGCAGUCGUAAACGCACCCCCUAGGAGUCGUCGCGAUAGGUUUGCUGAAAUAACUGGAUACACCCAAGAAACACCUGUAACUGUUUGCAUGCCGAAAACCAUUAGAUUUAAAGGUAUGGGUAAGCCUUCCAGAAUGAAGAGUAAUCGUGAAAUUGCCAUUAUUCAAUAUGUCAAGAAAAACAAGGGUCGUGAAUGUAGCAAUUGCAAACGUCGGGGGCAUAAUAUACGUACCUGCUCGUACCCGGCAAGGGAAAAGAAUGACGACUCCUCAGAAAGUGAUGAAGCGGCGGUUGAAGGAGAUGACGAUGAGGAGCUAGAAGAUGCGGCAGGUGAAGGAGAUGACGAAGAGGAGCUAGAAGAUGAAGAGCAGGAGUAG